CAGUUCGACCAGGUGCGCACUAGUUUUGGGGAGCGAAAAUGUGUGCAGGCCGUGCUGCUGCUGCUGCUGCCACCGGAAUCUGCGUCCUUCUGGUCGUCUGUACGCUUGUACCCGCCUGUGAAGUUGGCUACUUUCCGUCGGAACUUUGCUGCUGCACCAUGCACUACAGGCCGGUGUGUGGCAAUAACAACCGGACCUACCAUAACUACUGCAUCCUGCGCUGUAUGCGCAUCCGGGUGAACAGCACGCUCGAGAUGGCACACCGGUGGGAAUGUGGAUCGACACCGGACGAACAAAAGGCGCGCGACUCGGCGUACAAACCUUGGGUUAGUGAUCCCCACGCGGAUCAGCUAAACGAUACGGAUUUUCACUGGGAAAAGUAUGCAAACCUAGAUUAGCAGGUGUGUGUGUGACUGGUGUGUUUAGGUGUUGAGAAUUUAGACAAGCUGCAAGUGCAAGAAGCCAUCGCUCCGGUGUAAACGCGUGUAAAUAUACUUGUAUACUUGCCCCCAAUGAAGCUCGCGUGUUGGGAUUGUAAUUUUUAGG